ACUUACCAAUUCCUGGUCUCGAGUUCAAUCUCGAGAAUCAGCUCAAAUUUGAGCUAGAAAUCAGCUCUUUUAUUUGAGUAUAAAUGUAAGGUUAGCCACUUCAGGCAAAAAUAUCCUAAAAAGUGGAGAACAAAAAAAAAAUCAAGUCCUAAAAUUACCAAACAUUAUUGAUCGCCAGCAGGAAAAAGUCGCAACCGUCCCUCAUCAUGUUUAUGCAUAAUUCAGCACUGUAAAAGCUUCAACACAGACACAGAGAGUUGAUUCUAUACACUACGCUGUGUAGUAGUGGUUUUCUGUUUGGUUUUCGAAGGUUUUUGUUUCCCGAUCGUAUGUUUGGGAUGCAGGAAAGUGGUGGGAAAAGUUACUCGGUGAAUCCCAAUGAUUACAAGCUUCUCGAAGAAGUCGGUUAUGGUGCCAGCGCCACUGUUUAUAGGGCAAUCUAUCUUCCUUAUAAUGAAGUUGUGGCCGUUAAAUCUUUGGAUCUCGAUCGCUGCAAUACCAAUCUGGAUGAAAUUUCUAGAGAGGCUCAAAUUAUGAGUUUAAUAGAUCAUCCUAAUGUAAUAAAGUCACAUUGUUCAUUUGUUGUUGACCGUAACCUUUGGGUGGUCAUGCCAUUCAUGGCUGAGGGCUCUUGUCUACACCUCAUGAAGAUAGCAUAUCAAGAUGGAUUUGAAGAGUCCGUUAUUUGUUCUAUCCUGAAAGAAACUCUUAAAGCUUUGGAGUACCUGCAUCAGCACGGGCACAUCCAUCGCGAUGUUAAGGCUGGAAACAUACUACUUGAUAGUAAUGGGGUGGUGAAGCUUGCUGACUUUGGUGUCUCAGCUUGCAUGUUUGACAAAGGAAAUAGACAACGUUCAAGAAAUACUUUUGUAGGGACUCCAUGCUGGAUGGCUCCAGAGGUGUUGCAGCCAGGGAGCGGAUAUGAUUUCAAGGCUGAUAUCUGGUCUUUUGGAAUUACUGCAUUGGAGUUGGCUCAUGGUCAUGCACCCUUUUCGAAGUACCCCCCAAUGAAAGUUCUCCUAAUGACCAUUCAGAAUGCCCCUCCUGGACUUGAUUAUGACCGUGAUAAAAAGUUCUCUAAGUCUUUUAAAGAAAUGGUUGCAAUGUGUUUGGUGAAAGAUCAAACAAAGAGGCCAACUGCAGAAAAAUUGUUGAAACACUCCUUUUUCAAGCAUGUUAAACCUCCAGAGCUUUCUGUAAAGAAAAUCUUUGCGGAGUUGCAACCAUUAUGGAACCGUGUCAAAGCCCUCCAGCUUAAAGAUGCUUCACAACUAGCUUUGAAGAAAAUGCCUUCAGCAGAACAAGAAGCAAAAUCACAGAGUGAGUAUCACAGAGGUGUUAGUGCCUGGAAUUUUGAUAUAGAGGAUUUAAAAGUCCAAGCAUUGCUGGUGCAAGAUGAUGAUGAAAUGCAAGAAAUUAGAGAAGAAGUUGAGAGCAUGAAAUCAUUUGUUAACAAUAAGGGUGCAUAUAAUUUAAGAUCUAGUAUUGGGAAAUCAAGUUCCACAACUGACCUAAUUUGCAGUAAAAAGGGAAAAGUUCCGGAAAGUGAUUUACUGGAGUCUGACAAUCAAGGGAAAACUGGUCUGGAGAAAAACAGAUCAAGAACUGAGCUGCUACCAUCAACCUCAGAGAAAAUUGCUGUACAAGCCAAGACUAAAACUUUAACAGGGAAGAGUCAUCAGACUCAGAGUGGGCCACUCAUACCCGGUCGUGUGCUAAGUCAUUCAAUGUCUGAAAGGGAGCGUAAUUUUGACAGGUGGGAGAUUGAUAACCAACUGCCAGUUGAGAAAGUUCAACGCGAAGUACGAAGAGCGCCAAGCUUUAGUGGUCCAUUAAUGCUUCCAAAUCGAGCUUCAGGAAACAGUUUAUCAGCUCCCAUAAAAUCUUCAGGAGGAUUCAGAGAUUCUUUUGAAGACAAGUCGAAGGCCAAUUUAGUGCAAAUAAAAGGGCGAUUCUCAGUAACUUCAGAAAAUGUAGAUCUUGUAAAGGACAUUACAUUAUGUACAGUUCCUCAACUAUCUUCACAGGGGUCACCAUUCAGGAAGUCUGCCAGCGUUGGUAACUGGAUAUCUGAUUCCAAGCUAAUGCCUCCCAGUCAGUCAUCGAAGGAAAUUAGCAACAGCAAUGUAUCUUUAUCACUUCUCAUGCCCCACCUUCAGAACCUUUUUCAGCAGACGUCAAUUCAACAGGAUACCAUUUUGAACCUGCUGAAUGGCUUGCAACAAGUGGAGGUCAUUGAUGCUUCUCAAAAUGGAAAGUUGCCUCCAUUACCCCGCAGUUCUGAGAAUAAUGGAACUUUGCUCAUUCCACAGGUUGAGUCUGCAGUUUCUGAAAGGGAGCAUGCCAUGCUUAUCAAAAUUUCUGAGCUUCAAGCCAGGAUGACUAACUUGACUGAUGAGUUGACAGCUGAAAAACUAAAAUACAUACAAUUAGUGCGGCAGCUAAAUGCUGUUUCUUUUCUGGACGAAGAUGGCGACAUAAGAAGAGAGGAUGCUUGAAUACUGAAACAUUUUGAUACAAGUGUAAAGUACGACCACCGUGUAUAUUCAGAAGCAGAGGCCAGGAAUUGUUGUUACUGGAAUCAUGCUUUUCUUCACGGUGUUUAUAAAGUUCUCUGAUAGAAGAUUCUGCCUUCUCAAACGACACAAGCAAAUAAUCAGUCGGCUAAGAUACUAUUCCUUCUCGUUAUUUGGCACAAACAGAAAAGAGCUCCUUCCUGUGCAGAUUAAUGUAGUUGCCUCCCUCCUUUUUUAUAAUUCUGAAAUUUCCAUCUGUGCUGUAGUCAUCUGGGAUCUGUGAAUUACAACAAAUUCUGUAAAAUUCACUUGUGUGUGUGUGUGUGUGUAUAUAUAUUUGAUGUUGUCUGCUUAUACAUGAUGGAAAAAUUUCUGCA